AAUCCCCCUCCACCGGGGGGUACUUCGUCGACAGUAUAUAUUCUCACGGCAUCCCAUCUACAUAUACCCCCUUUAUACUUGUUCCUAUUCACUUCUUUUGAUAAGACAGAAGCGGGAGAACUCCAUAACAAAAUAAUUCAAUACAUAUACGAAACACUUCGCUCAAUACCUUCAAAUAUGGAUCUCGAGUUCGACGAAAAUGGAUUUUAUAUCCUGCUUUCAGAUCGUGGGGAUAGUUGGCGAUUCCACUGGGGUCUCUACCUUGCCAAAACAAAAACAUCUGGCAUCGUAUACCAUCUCGUCAAUGACACGCCCUCGACUGACUGGCGAUUAGAAGUCAAAGAGAGCGGCAAUGUGCUUCAGUCCAAUAAACUCCUUGGUGCCCUGAAGAUCGGAAUCAUUGAGCCGAUGUUGCAUGAGAUGCUAGGGCAAUGCCUCAUGGAGAUCCCUAUCGAGUAUUCCACCCGCUUCAAGGAGAACAUCACCUGUCGAGUUUGGCUUAAGGAGGCCGUCCAUGAGCUCAACGAAAGGGGCCUACUGAAUAUCCAUGAAUCUGUCGAUUCGAUAGAGUUUGAAGCGAAUAGCAUAGCUUUGUCUAGCAAGGCCACAAAGAAAAAGUCCGUCCAAUUAUCCAUGGGAACUUGUCCGUGA